AGCAGGAGGAAGCACCAAGGACGUCCUUUUUUCUUUUUUCUUUUUUUUUUUUCCCCGAGCCCCUGGAGCCGGAGAUGCGAGGGACGAGCAGUCAUUAGCCCGCGCCGCUGCCGCCUGCUGCUGGAGAACUUCGCUGGUGUUGCAGCCUGAUCCCCGCUCUGUGAUCCCCGCUCGCUGAGGUGAACCGUAACCUGCCGGACGGAGAUCUGAAAACACAGGAUUCUACUUUUGUGCAACAAUUGAAUGUAACAUCGAUCGGAUAAGGAAGGCAAGGAAUCCAAAGCCAUCACUAUGAAUUUCGUUAUGAAACAAGCGUUGGGAGGGGCCACUAAAGACAUGGGCAAAAUGCUUGGUGGGGAGGAGGAGAAGGACCCUGAUGCUCAGAAGAAAGAGGAGGAGAGACAAGAAGCACUGAGGCAACAAGAAGAGGAGAGGAAGGCGAAAUAUGCAAGAAUGGAGGCAGAGAGAGAAAACAUCCGACAGGGCAUCAGGGACAAGUAUGGCAUCAAGAAGAAGGAGGAGAAGGAAGCCGAGGCUGCCGCUGCCAUGGAGCAGGCCUCAGAGGGCAGCCUUACCCGCCCUAAAAAGGCCGUCCCCACCGGCUGCGGCGAUGAGGAGGAAGAGGAGAGCAUCGUGGAUACUGUCAUGAAAUUCAUUCCAGCCCCUCUGAUGGAUAUGUUCAAUAAAAAGUAACAGGGUUUUGCUUGGAAAUAUGGUUAACUUCUUACAAAAUCCUUCUAAUUAAUGCUGUACCAGCCUGUCCCACUUCAACCUGCCGUCACACUAUUCUUCACACUUGUCCAAUCCCAUCAAACCAAAUACUAAGUGUCCUGGAAUUACGCAGUGUGCCAUGAUUUUGUCUUUGAGCUGAACUAUCCAAUCUCAGACAGUGAUUCAUACUUUUAAUAUCAUGACAAGAGAAUCAGUUAUCCUGUUUAAAAAGUACAAAAACACCUACAUAUAUCACUUUAUUUAACAUCUUUUCAAUCCAUUUCUCAGAAUAAGUUCAAACAUUGCCGACAGCCACUUUUUUGUUUGUAAAUAAUAUAAAAGAGUACUAUAUAUGAGUGAAAUAUGAUAUAUAACAAGAUUACUAAGAGUAUAAGCCAUAUUUUUAACUUGUAGGGAAUUAUCCAAAUCAUAUCAAAUUUAAUUAAAAUUUUCAUUUUCCUUUUAUGUUCCUGCUAGUUUUUGAUACAUAGUGUACAGAGAUACAUGCAUUUUUUUUAUUGGUUCUUCGUUGUGGCCAUUCACCCUUAAAUUGAUUAUUAUGUGAAUGUGAAAUAUGAACAUGACAUUUUAAAUGUGUAAAAACAAAGUCAAGUAAGUUUGUGAAGUGAAGGAAUUUAUUUCUAUUGAGACAAAUUUGUUUAUUUUGUAUGCAUGCAUUUAAUACCUACGAGGCGAUGUGCAUAUACUGAUUUAAAUUGUAGUCAUGAAAGAGAAGAUGUUGGUAUUUCAGGCAAUAAAUUAUUUAAUUAAAACAUUUCAUUCAACUUCACUGUACAUUAGGAGAUAACUGAUUGUUCAAAAGGUUCUUCCAUGGAGAAAUAUUUUCUCUAUAUGUAAAACUUGUUUUAAAACAGGAGGGUAAAAUUAUAUAAAUUCAAAAAGUUCACUGGUUACAUUAUAUUUGAUUGUGGCUUAGAAAACUCUGUUUUUGCCAGUGUUAUUUAGUCUUCUUUUGAAUCAAGACGUGUAAAAACUUUACCUGGCUGGUUAAUUUGAAGCUACGUGUAAUAUCUUUGUGUUUUCUUCUUUUAUUUUAAUGUAAAAAAAAAAGAAUAGAAACUUCACAAACACAACUAUGUUGUGUACACACUAUAUGUGAACAGACAGUGACAAUAGUGCAAUAUAUUGUUCAAAAUGAAGUUGUCCUGUGUCUGUUGGUUUAACAAACGGGAGUGAAGUCCCAAAUCAGCAAUAACAGACAAUCUUCAUUGUUUUGUGUUUCAAAGUUACCCCUAAAUGUGUUAGUCGAUGUUAACGGCACACACGUGUCAACGUACUGUAACAGUGAAAGUUUUGUAGGUCAGACACAUUUAUUUAAAGAGGGAAGGUGGGACAAUUUGCUUCAUGUCGUAAAAGUGUUUUAAUCACAUGAGCGUUCAUCAACUGGAAUUCACAAACCGUUCACUGUAAUGAGGAAGGCUAACACAAUGAGAAAUGAUUCACAAAGCUUCAUGGCCCAACAAGGCAAAAUAUUUAACAUUCCGACAGAUUCUGGUCUGUUGUGCUAGGAAAUAGCUGCACAAAUUCAAAUACUUGUACAAAUUCUUUUCUAUGCCUUUGUUUUUAAUUUUACUUCAUUCCAGAGUGUCUUGUCGAACAUUCCAGAUAUUUCUGACAUUCCACCAGAUUUAUGCUGGUAAUCCACCUACUUAAUUGCAGAUAAUUGCAGUAGGCCUCAGUCAGCUCCUUCUUUGCCUUUUAGACUACUACAUCACAAUGUAAACCUUAAACUAUUUGUGCUUUUAUAAGUCAAAAAUUGAAGAUUGACUCCAAUCUACGGUUAAACAGAUGAGAUGUGUGCCAAUGCCAAUUAAAGGGUAAUAUUAGCUGCCAUGUACAGAAAGUCCAAAAUCAAAUCUCUGUAAUCAUCAAUGUGCUUUUGAAAACAGUAACUUAGAUAUUGUGGUAGAUUUUUUUUACUGAAUGUUUUGUGAUCCACUUGGGCACAGUAGGUGUAGUUGUAGCUGAGGUUUUAAAAACCACACAUUUUGCCUCGAUGUUGCAGAACUUGUGUAUUCCUGUUUCUUCUAUAAAGGGUUUAGUUUUUUUGUGUUUUGUAAACUGUAUAAUUAUUUCAGAUACAAUAUAACACACAACACUGGCAUAAUGCCACCCAUAGAGCACAUUCCUUUAACGUCUUGUGACUUCAUUGCAUUUGUAAACUGCCGGCAGCUGUGGCAACAUUACGUUAGCAGUCAACCAUUUGAUAGUUGUUGCCAUGUUAGGGAGCAGUUAUUUAAUUAUACCAAAGAAUAGUGAUGUUGAUAGCAGAUUUAGUAAAAGAGCUUUCAUUUUUGUUUUAGUAAAUUCUCAGGUAUUAUAGCUUGAUGUUUGAUUAGUAGCCGUUAACUACAGCUGUUGUUGAAUUACCGUCAAUAUAAAGACAUAUUAGUUUCAUUGCUAACAACUUAGCUUGUCAACAGCUACUAUUAGUUUUGAAUACAUUCAGCUAAAUAGUAGUUGGGCUACCUAAAAUACUGCUAAGCAGUGACAUAAAAGUUAAAAAAGGAAGUCAUAUUUAAUAUGUUUGCAUUUAAACCUGAUGGAUUCUGAUGGCAUAAACUCCAGUUUCACGGCUAGCUAGAAACUAGGGUUAGCUAGUUGGUUAAACCUAGGUUUAGCUAAGCUUAUCUAAAUUGGGUUUAGCUAGCAAAACCUAGCUUUAUUUAAAGCAAGCAAGUUGCUCUAUUAUAGCAUUUGAUUUUUAAAAGUUUUAAAAGAUACAAUUCCUGCCUUGAAUAAGUUCCCAAGCAACAAAACUUAAACUACUGAGCUAGCAACCUAGCUUUAUUGUUCACAACAAAACUUUUUGUUUUGUUGUGAACAAGUUUUUAUGGUUGGUCUACAGGUAUUUUAUUAACAUAAAUUCAUGUCUUUAAUAAAGUAGUUUCAUUUCUGGCAUCCUACUUUAUUGAUGGCAAGCCAGUUAACACAUAGUAACUUUAAUUUAACAAAAUCCUUAGCCCGGGAAUAUUUUAGAAACUUUACUUACUCCCUUAAAUCAAGCAGUCCUGUCGCUUGUAACAUUUUGAUUGAUGGAAAGUAAGUACAUAGACAAUUAACUAUGAUUUUUGAAUCUUUUGCCCGGCUAGAUAGCUACUAAUCCUGCCCUUGAUAAAGCCCUUGCUAAUAGUGAAAACUGCCUGAUCUAAAAAAGAAAGUUACAAGUAUUGCCUUUAAGUUCUUUGUUAGCUAGUUUAGCUAGAUGCUAUAUCAGCAUCUAAUUGAACUAGUAAAGAUAUUUUGUCAUUUCUUCUGAAAGUUUCGAAAAUAUGCUAACUUUUAUUUUAGAAUAUCUUCAAUCCCAGAUUUGUUAGAAACUUCAAUCACUGCCUUAAAAUGAAAAGUCUGAUCGCUAGUGAGCUGUUUUUCUUACUGCUAGCAACUUAGGCCACGGUGACAUUUAAUUUUAUCACGUUUGGUCUUAAAAUAUUUUAGAAAGCUACAAUUACUGCCCUUGUGAAUGAUGCCAAGCAACAACAUCUUAGCAAAAAUCAUGUGUAUUCAAAAGUAUUUUUCAAAUUAAUAAAACCCAAUCACUGUCUGCAUCUAAUAUUCCACCAAAUACAGUCAUAAACAUUUUUAUCAUUAUCUUAUAAAUAGAAAAUUGAUUGCUCUCCUGCUGCCCAAACAAACUGCCCAAGCCCUGGAGGAACUCAAUAUGUUGCCAUUUUGUGAAUGUUGAGUCAAAAGCCCACAAAAGUUGAAAGUCACCUAUUUAUGUCACUCGUGCACUCAUUAGUAGGUUUUAAAAACUGCCUGAAUAUGAAUAACAUGGCUUCUAGAAGAAUAAUCCUUUGAUGUGACUUGAAUGUAACUGUCUGACGUUUCUCUCUUCUUGCAUCUGUCUUUUCUCUGUUCUGUAUGUGCUGAGGAGAUGCUAUUUCUGGUGCCGUUUUUUCUCCCUGUCCGUUGUCAGUCCUGUUUUCUGUCCGCUGGUGGCUGGUAUUCUGAGUAAAGGAAAAAAAAAAGAAAUAUGUUUAUUUGCUGCAUUAUUUUGUACUGCAAAAAUCUCCUCACCUUUCUCCCAGCCUCUUCCUCUCUGUAUCCUCCUUAUGUGUUGACAAAAGUGUAUGCAUGCUUUUGGUGUGCGAUGUAGGCAAGGUUGUGGAUAUAAACGUUUCGUGUCCUCUGUGUUUCAAAGCUCCACCUGUUAGCCUCACUGCAUGCUAUUUUAGACAAAUAUUUCAAUAUGUAACUUUCCUGCAAAAGUGGAAUCACCGCACACUGAGAAUAAAGUGAUUUCAUAUAAUUUUUUAUAGUCUUGUGUUUCUGCAUUCAAACUGUUAAAAAGCACACUGCAAAAACACAAAAUCUUGCCACAUAAUUUUGGUCUACAAAUAUUUUAGUAUACUUGAAAUAAGAGAAAACUAACUUAGAAGCAUUUUUUUCAGCAGGAUAUGAGCGGUUGUUUUAAGUGAAUAAUUUCUUAAUAUUGAUGAAAAUGCAUUAGUUCUAUUGGUAGACAUUUUCCCCAUAAUUUUCCAAUAGAACAAGUACUUUUUCAAUAUUAAGGAGUUAUUGACUUUAAACAAGCUCAUAUUUCUUGAGAAAAAGUACAUUUUCUCUUAUUUCAACUAGAUCAAAAUUUCUCAGUAAGAUGUUAUGCUUUUGCAGUUUAUGUGUUUGGUUUUGGAACCACUGGUAUUUCUGCUUUCUGGUAAAAAAUCACUCUACAUUUCUGAGACUAGGACUUAGCCUUACAGUUGUGGUCCAUCCCAUUGCAUGACGAUCAGUACAACAUUUAGUGUAAACCACAUGUAAAUGUGUCUGUCAGUAAAUACUGUUUUUCAUUCUCGGCAUGGCUUUAUUUUUUCUUUUAACUGGGAUUUUAACAUCAAUAAAAGUGAAAAGGGCUGUAAACAGAA